CCCCAUCAUACAUACAUAGUUCUAGAAUCGCUGAGGUGGUUUUAGCGGCGCUAACCGUAUUGGGACGGUUGACAUCUCUUUCGAUGUCAUGGCUCAAUGUUGAAAACCAUCAAAUCUCCUCGACAAGUCCACCCUCCGUUCGACAACUCCUCUUCUCCUCCCUCCGACUCUUCGGGUGUUCCGCUCUCCCACCCUUCUCUCCCUACGUACGCCUCCACCUCGAUCCCUCUCUGAAACCGGUUGUUAUCCCUUCUUUUCGUCUGGUGUUCGUCAUCCCGCCCCAGUCCUAGCAACCCGCCGUCUCUCCGCUGCUGGUCGGUGCUCCCCAUACCUGGAUCUCUUCUCCGGCGCCUGCGUAACCUCGUCUGUAUUCAAUCCAGCCUCCUUUAUAAUAAUUUUAUAUACCCUUUUUUUUUCUGGAAUGGCUCCCCGACGUCACAAUAUCGGUGCAAGCCGUCGAAGAAGGCGAGAAGAUGAAGGCGAAGAUGAGAGCUCGAUGAAUGGCGAACUAGAGGACGACUCCUUGAGUGAAGGCUCGGUCAUCAGCCAUCAGGAUGACGAUGAUGCCGAUGGGGAGGGCAGUGAUGAGAGUGAGGAUGAUGCCGUGUCGAUAUCCCAACAGGCCAACAACCCAAGCGGACAUCAUCAGGUCAAUGGUCGUGUGCCCGAAGGAACCCAAGGCCCGCGCCGUCGUCACUCGACUUCCCCCAGGAAACGGCUUCUAGUUCCAACCAUGUCUGACACGACUUCAAUGAUGAAUGGGAUGAAGAUAUCAAACGAGACAAGCGAGCUGCCGGAGAGCCAUUUGGAGCAGAUGAAGGGGGAUCUCACUCAGACCGGAAGAACACCAUCUGCGCCUCCUACGGACCUGACAAGGGAAUCGGCCACAGAAAAGAAGCGCCGUGAGAACGAAAAGUACACAACUGAGAAGGAAGAGGACCCAACUAUUGUUCCUACCCGAGGCAGUUUCUUCCUCCACGACAAACGCUCAACGGAGCCUGGGACAAAUGGACACAACAAACCCUUUAACAAGCCGAAGUCGAGACCAUAUGGCCUCAUUGUGGAUGGCAAUGUUCGCAGUAAAUCGGACGCUACCACUGAAGGGCAGUGGACACACGAUCUUCACGAUACUGUUGCUGGGGAUGAUCCACCUGCCCACAAGCCCUCUGCUUCUUCGACCGCCAUCCCUCCCUUCGCCCCAAAGGUCGUACCUACAGCUCCCAGAUCCUCUCCCCCCAACCGAUCCUUCUCGAAUACUAUUGUUCUUGGAAAUGUCCCUGUUGUUGUGGCCUUGCCCGGCAUGUCGAACGCGAUUCCAUUCCCUGCCGUAUUGAAGAAACAACACACCCGUCUACCUCAACAUCGACCCCCCUUGCGCCGAGACAAACCCGUGAGAAUCUCGCUUCCUGGACAAACACCAAGAUACAUAUUCCCUGCCACCGAAAGAUCCUUCAUCUUCAUUCCAAGGGCCUUACGGCCCAACCAGCAGGCAUAUCGUGGCCGCGGCCGCGGUGGGUUCUACGGAGGGCGGCGCCCUAGCAUCUACGCAAGCUCCACAUAUACCCCAAGCGUCACCAUGAGCCGCAGGUCAUCAUUUGGCAAGCCUCCGUCCCAAGAGGGUUAUCACUCGCCUGCCGGCUCGGUUCUCUCCAGACAGACGAUAGUUACGACGGAGAAUGGCAAGCCGGUGGUUCGUCUGCCUCCACCUCCUCGACCCUCAGGAGCCAACCCACCGGUUGUUGCUCCGGGACCAGUUCCCGCCGCAAUGCCACAUCCCCCUCUCCCACAAACCCAGCAGCCUGUUUGGCGCGAGAGUCGCGCUGGCCCUAUACCGAUGCACCAGCCCCGCCCCCAGAAGACAGUCUCUGUUGCCGACAUUGAAACUCCGGCAACAUUCCCCGUUAACCCCCCUCAGCCACAGCAGGAACAGCCUUUCCACCAUCAGGUGCCAAUGUCCGGCAGUGGCCCUGUCUAUGGACCAGACGCCGCCGGCACCCAUCCUCCUCCCGCACAUUCAGCUGCAACACCGUUGUCCCAGAUACCCGAGCGGGCAAUUCACGCUCAGCCAUUCCAAGUGUACGGAUACCAACCUCAAACAUAUUACCCUCCAGCCUAUCCUCCUGGGCCUGUCUAUUACCCUGUUUCCGGAACAGAGUAUCCACCUUAUAACAACCCCGGGGCGGCUCCAGGAGCAUCUGUGGCCCCCUUCCCUCCGGGCCAGAACGUCCCGUAUAUGGUUUCGGGAGCACAACCCUCCGCUGAGCCUCCUGCACAACCAGGCACUGUUGCACAUGAAGCAGGUGGCACGGUUUAUUAUUAUGAUGCGUCUCAAAUGUACCCGGGCUCUCAGUUUGGGGUGCCUCCGGCCGGGGGCGUCGUGGGGAUGGGUGGCAUGAUGACACCGCCUGUAGAAGGAGGUAGGAAUCUCUGUAGAUCUUUCUUCAUUUCAUUAGUUUCUUUUGCUGCAGGAUUUCAUCAUGAAGUAAAACAGAGAGUACAGAAUAGGGGACUGGGGAGUUACCUCAUCCCGUCUGCUCCUCGUCACCGCCUCACCGCCUCGGUCCGGAUGCAGCAGCAGCUGACCUCCUGUUUUGUAACCUCCCAGGCAUCGCUUUAUCUUGGCUCCCUCUUCAUCAUGUCGUCCACCACCACGACGAACCAGGUCGGGCCUAGUACCUUGAUCACUGUCAAGGUUCUCUUUAAUGAUCACACCCGACGCUUUAAGAUCCCUCUUAAGGAUCUAGGAGCUCGCACUUUACCCCAGAAUCUCCGCCAACUUCUUGGCAUCCCGGUAGAUGGUAACGUCAUCUUCGAACGCUAUUCGGACAGCGCCGGAUCCUAUGUGAUCCUCGACAGCAACAACCCAGCUGUCUUUAAACAGCUCUACCGUGCCGCAAAGGCCAAGCUGAAGCUCCGCAUCAAGGCUACGUAUCUUGCCGACGAGUCCGAACCCCAGCCUGGGGCGUCAGAGAACGUCCACGAACAACAAAACCCAGCAAGAUACAGCUACCUUGAAACAGUCCUCAGCUCCCCGCUACCUGGUUCUCAGAUCGAGAUCAAUGAGAACGCCCCCAGCUCUUCAAUCAUGCUACCAGAGAGCACCGAAAAUUCCGCCGUCCCUCAGCCUGAGCCACAACCAAGCUCAGCAACAGAGUCCACUGAAGCAAAACCAAGCUUUCGUGAAUUUGUCCUGGGGCCCGACAACCCGAAUAUCCCUAUUUUGUCGCACUCCUCCCUUACUGGAAUAUUCUGUAUCGACUGCAACCAUUGUGGUCGCUCUAUCCCCAACGAGCACUACCACUGCAGCAUCUGUGCUGAUGGCGACUACGAUCUCUGCCCUCAGUGCGUCGACUCCGGAGUCACUUGCCCAAGCGAGGACCACUGGUUGAUUAGACGAUUCGUCAAGGACGGCAUUGUCACCAAUAGCACAACUGAGACCGUUGCCCCCCGCAAGAUUCAAACCCACCAGGAGAAGAAGCCUUUGCCAGAGCAAGUCCCAGAAAGUGCGCCGGAACCCAUUCCAGAGUUGCCUGUCGACCAUGACCGAAUUUGUAACGGUUGUCUCACAGCGCUUGAUGGAGGUAGAAUGGUUACCUGUGCCGACUGCGAAGACUAUGACCUUUGUAUCCCCUGCAUCCUCGGGGACAAGCACGGCCAUCAUCCAGCACACACUUUUGUCGUGCUUGGUGAUCCCGACUUUGCUUUGAGGAAUGUGGUUUUGUCGCGUUGCAAACCUGGGCGUAGCUACCAGCAUGCAGCUAUUUGUGACGGGUGUGAAAGGCAUAUUACUGGCGUGCGCCACAAAUGUCUCACCUGUCCAGACUGGGAUUAUUGCUCCAACUGCCACCUAGACGCUUCCCGCACCCAUCCAACACAUCGAUUUGCUGCACUUUAUACCGCCAUUUCCGAACCAUUGCAGUCCCGUGAGGUACAUUACGGCAUCUACUGCGAUGGGCCCCUAUGCAAGGGCAAGCUAAGCCCCAGCUUUAUUACUGGAACCCGGUACAAGUGCUCGGUUUGCGAAGAUACCGACUUCUGCGCGAAAUGCGAGGUCCACCCUUCCAAUAUGCACAAUCGCACCCACCCUAUGGUCAUGCUCAAAACACCAGUGCGCAACGUCACGGUCAGCACUCUUCACGAGGGCCACACUGAUGGUUCCGCCACUGCUCUGGGCGACCGUAGUCAGAGAUCUGCUUCGACGCAAGUCACCGCUUUUCUCAAUUCGGAAACCUUGUCGUCGGAAAGCACGAUUAAGGAAGAAUCGGAGCCUGUCGAGGAAAUCAAGUCAUCAGAGCCACUGAGCCCGAUCCCGCAAGAGCAACCAGUUGCAUCUAAGCCUGCUCCUGACUCCGACCUGACUUCAGAAUACGAGGCCUACUUCACCCGCGACACCGUUCCUGAUGGUUCCACAAUGCAUCCAAGUCAGGUCUUCCAGCAGACGUGGACUCUCUACAAUCCUGGCCCCCUGGCGUGGCCUGCCGGAAGUAAUGUCCGCUUUGUGGGCGGUGAUUCAAUGUUCAACGUCGACACCAACCAUCCAACCAGUCUGUCCUCGAUCGCAGCCGCCAUGGAGAGCAACAAGCUGUCUGCACCUUUGGAGCCUGGCCAAAGUGCCGAGUUCACCGUUACUCUAAAAGCACCCAAGUCUGAGGGCACUUCAAUCUCUUACUGGCGAUUGAAGCUUGCAAAUGGCAUGGCCUUUGGUCACAGACUUUGGUGUGACAUUCAGGUCGAAGAUAAGCCCGUCAUUCCUCGCAGUGAUGAUCAAUUUGACGCGGAUCACUCCGAGGUCUCUGGUAGCCAAAUGGUUUUCCCUAAGCUUGAGAAGGAGUCGCCUGACGCAAGCACACACGAGGCAGCCAGUAUGCCUCCUGCAGCUCCCUCCGUGUCCAACCCUUCUGAGCAAGACAUCCUGGAUGAUGUGGCUAGUCUGUCUCUGGAUGACGCUGAUACCGAGUCCGGGUUCUUGACCGAUGAAGAGUACGAUAUCUUGGACGCGAGUGACCAGGAAUUCAUGGAUGCCAGCUCCUCUCGAAACUAAUGGUUUUCAAAAAGAGUAAGAACUCACCGCAAGUAAGAAUGGAGUUUUUUUUUUUUUUUUUUUUUUUU